AAUAUAUCGGCCAAAUGUGUAACUGACAGGAAAGCUCAUUUUUGCAAUCUGCAACGAUUUCCACGAUAUUUGCCAUUCCCAAGCAAGUUGCAACUCCGGCGCAUCACUAAAGAGGUGCAUAUGUGGAAAUCAACCAUCGCGAUUGAAUCAUUCUUAAGCUGACUUAGACCGCCGCCACCUACACAGAAACGGACUCAGGAUGAUAACGACUUGGUACCGAUCUCUGCCGAGAUUAACCCGUUAUUGGUUCACCACGACAGUGGUCAGCUGCUUCGUCAGUCGUUUUAACCUGAUUCCCAUCGAAUGGCUGGACCUGAACUGGGAGGUGAUCUACUACCGGUGGGAGGGGUGGCGCUUUGUGACUUCAAUUGUUGCCUUCCCCAUAAAUCCGAACACAGCGUUUCGAUUCAUGAUUUAUUGCUACUUCCUGGUGACCUACAGUGGGAUGCUGGAGAAGGAUCAGUUCGGCCGGAGUCCGGCGGGAUAUCUGUAUCUUCUAAUCAUUAUAGCUGUUCUGGCGAAUAUCGGAGGACUCCUGCUUGGAGUCACCUGCCUAAUGGAAACGACAGUGAUGUCUGUGCUGUAUAUCUGGUGUCAUCUCAAUCAGGACGUGACUGUAAGCUUCUGGUUCGGAUCCCGUUUUAAGGCCAUUUAUCUGCCAUGGGUGCUGGCGGCCUUUGAUUUCAUCUUUAAUUUCACCCUGGAAUCCUUCGUUGGCAUUUUUAAUGGCCACAUCUACUAUUUUCUCAUGUUCCAUUAUCCCAAUCUGUUGGAAACACCUCGUAUACUUAAACGCAUUCUGCCUGAUCUUUAUGGUGGCUUCACCAGUUUUGGUGCGCCAUCAGAGAGCAGGUCAGCUGCCGAACCGAAUCCAGAUCACUCCUGGGGACGGGGAAUCACCCUGGGAGGCAACUAAAACUAAGAUGAAAGAGUUUCCAAUAAACCAGUGGCGGCCAGAAACCAUCAGAAAUGUGACUGACAAACAUUUUAUAAAUUUAUUUUCAAUUGAUUAGGU